UUUCCCAACGAAGUCAUAUAACGUCUCUGCAGGGCGAUCCGUGUGUGCACAGCCUGGAAACGCACCAAGAUAUUUCAUAAAAUAAAGAGAAGUUUGCUUUCCACGUGGCAAUAAAUACGUUUGAAAUGACAUGACACCGCGCAACCGCUUUUGUUUAACCCAGCCAUAAAAGAAGGCUUCGAGGGCGUCGACCAGAGCGUAGGUACUUUGUGAAAGGAGUGUACCGGUGCCGUCAGUGAGCAGUAACGUCGCCCUUCUGAUCAGUGCGUCGUGACUCAGGUGCUCUGUUUGCUGCAAGAAAACAUUUGAAUGGUGAAGCAGCAUGUGGAUCAUUCAUUACCCAAAACAGUGGUGUGUCCGAAGCUUACUUGUGGCUCGUGCUCAAAAUGUCUUCCCCUGAGCUCCGCGCAAACGUGACGUGGUCGUACAAACAGGCGAAGGGCGUCAUGAUAGCCACGGUGCUGCUGUUGUUCUGCGUGUUCAUGUUAUGCGUCGGCAUCCUGCUACACGCGUUGGCCAAGCUGUCCAACUCCCUCGACACACCUCGUUACCUCCUCUUCAAGUGCAUGCUAGUCAACGAUAGCAUCCAGAUGAUGUCGUCCAUGCUCCUCUUCAUGCUGGCCAUGUUUGAUGUGAACUUUGCGCUGUUCUACUGCGUUCCCAUGAUCAUCAUCUCUACGGCCAGCUUCCUCAACUCGCCGCUCAUCCUGGCCACCAUGUCAGUAGAGCGCUUUGUUGCAAUCUUCUACCCGUUGCGUCGCCCGGCCGCCUGGCGAUCUGACCGCAUCUGGGUCAUCAUCCUGGCUAUGUGGCUGCUGAGCUAUAUGAGCCCUGUCUUGGAGAACGCCAUCGGCGAUCCACGUACCUUGCCCGUCUGGAGCGAACCCGUGCGGUGCAAUCGCCAUCUAGUGAAUAUCACACCAGCCCAGGCCAUGAUUCGCAUAAUGGCAAACGGGCUCGUAUUUUCCCUUAUGGCCGUUCUCAUCAUCUGGACAUACAUAUGCAUCAUGGUGCAGACGCGCAAGCUGCGCAGGACUGGGGAUUCAGGAGGUCGCGCUCAGCGGACAGUUCUGAUACAUGCCGCACAGUUACUUCUCUGCGGGCUGGCCUUCACGAUACCUAUUUCUGAAACGCUCAUUACCCAAAACUAUGACAUCCAGUCACAACGUUUGUUGAGCUUCUUCAAUUACCUCUGCUUAGUCAUUUUCCCCAGGGCCUUCAGUCCGCUCAUCUACGGAUUCCGGGACCAGACCCUGCGCAGGCAGAUAGCUAAAGCCUUCAGGGCCUGUGCCAGGUCGAAGGUCGGUGUCUGA